CGAAGCGGAGCCAACGAUUGUUUCUUCAGUAGUCACAGCAAAACAGUCAAAACAAAGACCCAAAAAGAAAAAAAACAACCCAACCAAAAUCACCAAAAGAAAAUGACCGAUUACGAAGCUCGCUACCAGAGCAACGGAGAGGACCUUGAAAACAGUAAUGGCGGCGAUCCCCCUCCUCAGCUUCGCGAAGCUAGUCACGGCGGCCUUGAUGAUCACCGCAAUUCCAAAUCCCAGGAUGGAUCUCGUGAGUACGAGAGAGGGUCUUCUAGAAGUAGGGAAAAGGAGAAAAGCGGUGAUAAGGAAAGGGAGAAGGAUCGUGAUCGCCAUAGGGACAGGGAAAGGGACAAGGAUAGGGAGAAAAGUAAGGAUAGGGACCGAGAAAAGGACCGUGACCGUCAUCACAGAGAUCGUCAUAGGGAUCGAAGUAGGGAGCGGAGUGAGAGGAGGGAAAGGGGAAAAGAUAGGGAUGAUGAUGAUUUUCACCGAAAUCGAGGCUAUGUUAGGCGAAGGGAUUAUGAUAGAGACAGGGAGGACAGGCAUAGGCAUGGGUCUCGCUCAAGGGGUAGAUCUGAACACAGAUCAAAGUCAAGAUCCCACUCUCGCUCACCCUCAAAGAGCAAAAGGAUUAGUGGCUUUGACAUGGCACCUCCCGCUUCAGCAAUUUUAGCUGCUGGUUCUGGUGCUGCUGCUGCUGCUGCUGCUGCUGCAGCCACCGCUGCUGCCACUGCAGUCCAGAUUCCUGGGAAUAAUCCAGCCCUUCCUGGAGUGUUUCCAAACAUGUUUCCUCUAACAACUGGUCAGCAUUUUGGUGGUCUCCCUCUUAUGCCUGUUCAGGCAAUGACUCAGCAGGCUACCAGGCAUGCUCGUCGCGUCUAUGUUGGAGGGCUUUCUCCUACUGCAAAUGAACAGGUUUUACUCUACACUAUAGUUAGUAUCUCAUUGUUAUGUUUGCAUUUAGUGCUGGAACUGACCCUAAAUAUUAUGUUACAGUCAGUCGCGACUUUCUUCAGCCAGGUUAUGGCUGCAAUCUGUGGAAACACUGCUGGUCCAGGGGAUGCUGUUGUUAAUGUCUACAUAAACCAUGAAAAGAAGUUUGCUUUUGUAGAGAUGAGAUCAGUUGAGGAAGCUAGUAACGCAAUGGCUCUAGAUGGGAUUAUCUUUGAGGGAGCGCCUGUGAAGGUUAGGAGACCAAGUGACUAUAACCCUUCACUGGCUGCAACUCUUGGUCCAAGCCAGCCCAGUCCCAAUCUUAAUCUAGCUGCUGUGGGUCUAUCUCCGGGAUCUGCUGGUGGGCUUGAGGGUCCAGACCGCAUUUUUGUGGGAGGGCUUCCAUAUUACUUCACAGAAGUACAGAUCAGGGAGUUGUUAGAGUCUUUUGGGCCCCUUCGUGGUUUUGAUCUUGUAAAAGAUAGAGAAACUGGAAACUCAAAAGGCUAUGCAUUUUGCAUUUAUCAAGAUCUGUCAGUCACAGACAUUGCCUGUGCUGCUCUAAAUGGAAUUAAAAUGGGUGAUAAAACUCUUACUGUUAGGCGAGCAAACCAAGGUGCUACCCAGCCUAAGCCUGAGCAAGAGAGUAUCCUCCAGCAUGUGCAGCAGCAGAUUGCUUUGCAGAGGCUUAUUUUGCAACCACAAGGUUUGCCCACAAAGGUUGUGUGCUUGACUCAAGCACUUAGUGAAGAUGAUCUUAGAGAUGACGAUGAGUAUGAUGACAUUGUUGAAGACAUGAGACAAGAGGGUGGAAAACAUGGUGCAUUGGUGAAUGUUGUUAUACCUCGCCCAAAUCCAAAUGGUGAACCAUUACCGGGUGUUGGGAAGGUAUUUCUGGAGUACUCAGACGUUGAAGGUUCCCAAAAAGCCCAAGCUGCAAUGAAUGGACGGAGAUUUGGUGAAAAUCAAGUUAUUGCUGUCUUCUAUCCAGAGAACAAGUUUGCACAGGGGGAGUACGAUGCCUAAUGUCAUCUCUGCCAUGCAUUGUAGUUGGUUGUACUGAUUCCUUGUUUAGGUUUAGACUUUAUAUAUAUAUAUGCUUUAUGAAGAAUAUGAUUUAAGUAGUGUAAUUCUCUGCUAAAUUUCUGCUUUAAAACCAAACAGCGAACGAAAUGUUAGAGGGAUAUAGAUGGCUUUCAUAUAUUAAUCUAAUGAUGAAAUUUUGCACUUAAAAGCCAGGUUGUUAAGAUGAUGCUCUGCUUCAUUUGAGUGGAUGUUGACAAUGCACUUGA